AUCCCGCUUGUUUACUUAACAUAAUUCCCUGAAAAGUUUGUGUAAGGGGCGUUUAUUCACCUCACUCAAGGAGCCAUUACAUAAGCAUGAAACCAUAAGUUUAACUCCGUCGGAAGAUUUCCUCUCUCACUCAAUGUGUGGUGAUAAAUAAAACAAUCUCAAGCCGUCAUGGAUAAACUCCGCGAGCUCUUUCACGCCUGUGAUGUUGACCGCUCCGGACGCAUCGAGAAAUGGGAGUUUGUGAAAAUAUGUUCCGAGCUGCAUGUCCGACCAAGCGAGAUAGAUGCGAUAUUCUCCAAACUUGACACCGAUAAAGACGGCGCGAUCACUCUGGAGGAAUUCAUGAAGGGAUUUAAAGAGUCACACUUGCUAAACGCGGACAUGAUGAGUGAAAAUGCCGGGGAAAGUUACUUUGCGGCCUGGGAGGACUUUAAAUCACGCCUGGAGGAUCAGGUGAAAUACAUUCCCAGGAUUGACCAGGUAUCAACUCUCUACCAGAACAUCAGCUUGACAGAGCCCAGAAUGGUCCCUCAGUAUGAAAGAGUAUUGAACAAUUUUAUCAAAGAAAUCCGAAUAUUAAACACAGAAAUGGAGCAUCUAGCACUUGCUGUGAAGAGAGCUCAGGAUCAGGCUACUAUACAAUUAAGUGAGAUGGAGGAAGAGAUGGACCACCGCAUCCACGCCACAGAAAGAAACACACGUCUACAGGAGUCUAAAAAAGCUGAAGCAGCGUUGAGUAGCAUGAAACAUCAGUACGAGUCACAGAUUUGUGAACUUCAGCAGAAGAUACAGACCCUACAGAUGAUUGAGAACCAAAAUAAAAGCACGAGCCUCAAAGAGGAGACCUCAACAUUGAAACGAAAGAAUAAUGAGCUACUGCUGCAAAACCAGAAGUUAAAACAAGAACUACUUGAGAGCCAAAGUAACAUUGCGUUUCUCCAAAGUGAACUAGAUGCUCUCAAGAGUGAUCUCACGGACCAAAGCAUCAACUGUGAAAGAGAUGAAGCCAUGAUAAAAUGUUUCUCUGAGGAGCGAGAGAACCUGGAGAGACAAAUCAAGAUGCUUCAGGCAGCAAACAGAAAGCUUCAUGACAGUAAUGAUGGUCUGCGUGGUGCUUUGGAGAACAGUCAAAGCAAAAGUAAGACUCAGCUCUUACCUGACGUUUACAUGAAUCGAAGAAACCCCUUGUCUGCACCGUAUUUUGAUCGAUCCUGUGACACGUCUGCAGAUGAAGACUUUGAACGGUUUCAGCUGAUGUCUGGUCUGCGCAGACAAAGCUAUGAAUCUCUGGCACUGGCCCUGUGUGACCCAUGCAUGCGCAGACAUAGCUAUGAGGAGGACAGCUGCAUAGACAGUGGCAUGUCCACCCUGCGCUCAAAUACUGGAUACGAAUUCGAGAAUGAAAGAGCUUCCUGUGAAAUCUUUCCUCCAAAUAUUGACCAAGGUGCAGAAAACAGCACCACUGUAUCUGGAGACACUUCGGACACAGAGGUUCUAGAGGUGCGAGACGAAUCUGGAUCAGAUGAUGGUGAAUCGGUUCAAAGUUGGACUCUAAUGCAAUCCACACCAAAAAAUGUUCUCGCUGCUUCAGGGAAGAAGUGUCUGUCAGCUAUCUUUACUGAGAGAGGCAAAGAUGAGUUGGCAGCGAGCCAGGCUUCACCUGAAAAGGCCUACAGGAUUGUUCUGGCAGGAGACGCUGCCGUGGGCAAAUCCAGUUUCCUUCUUCGUCUCUGUAAGAACGAGUUCAAGAACAGCACUAGUACGACUCUGGGUGUUGAUUUCCAGAUGAAAACUUUGGUAGUGGAUGGGGUCCCAACAGUCCUGCAGCUGUGGGACACAGCUGGACAGGAGAGGUUUAGAAGCAUAGCAAAGUCUUACUUCAGGAGAGCAGAUGGAGUUCUUCUGCUGUAUGAUGUCACCUGUGAGAAGAGCUUCCUGAAUGUGCGUGAAUGGGUUGACACCAUUGAGGAUGUGUCUCAGGAUGACAUUCCCAUCAUGCUCGUGGGUAAUAAGACAGAUCUGAGGACAGAAGCUCUUGAGGAGGGAAUGACUUGUAUUCCAACUAGCUAUGGAGAGAAACUGGCCAUGACAUAUAGUGCUUUAUUCUGUGAGACGAGUGCGAAGGAUGGGUCCAAUAUAAUUGAGGCUGUUCUUCAUUUAGCACGAGAGGUGACCAAGCAUGCAGAGGACCACAAGGAGCCCAUAGCAGUAGCCAAACUCUCUAAAACUCCCAACAAAAAGAUGUCCAAUGAAAACUGCUGUAUGGGCUAACACGUGCACAUGGCUCCCAAAAAAUAUUGUCUGCGGCUGCCCUGUCUGAGCUUGUCAUCUAUGUGCAGACACUAUGUAAGGCUUUUAUAAAGAGUAAAUGCUAACCAAACACAUAUUUAAACUACUUAUUUAAGAUGAGAAAUCAUGGUACAACAGUAUUGUCUUUAGGGCAGGGACACUUGAUGAAUCCUGCACAAAUAUUGGGGGGUUGUCCACUGUCUAUAGUAGUCCAGAAUUCCCCUGCUGUCAUAGAAAAUGAUUAAUAGCUUAUAUAGAGUGAAACACUCUUUUAGUUUAAUACUUUUUUUUAGUUUAAAACUGUUGACACACAUUUAGUUUAAUAUGCUGCACAUUGCCUUUAACUAUUUAUUACCUUUUGUCAAAGUGAAAAGGAAUCUUAUAUUGUAAUAUAUAUGCGGUCUUAAAGAAUUUAAAUGAUGUUUUUUUAAUGUAUUUUAUGGGGAUUAAGACAUCAGUAAAUUUUGUACAUUAAAUGAAACAAAUUCAAGUUUUGAGAAUUGUUGAAGGAGGGAUGCACAAAAGCUUCUCUGGAUAUUUUGUCAGAAUUUAUUGGAUAAUGUACUGAAGUCAGUACUGGAUUCAAAACAUCCUUGUUUAUACCUUUUGCUUUGCUCGAUGCUAAAUUAAAGCAUUUCAAUUUUAA